AUGAACCGCUCAAUCGUACCAUUCAUUCACCAUUUAGUCCGAAAGUGUGACGAUCACAUGAAGGCCAGUGGUGUCCACGAGGAGGACACAGACUGUCAAUGGAGUGACCGAUUGGACGACAAUAAAGCGCUGCAAAUGUUGGACCAAUUGGACGAUAAUAUAUGUAUGAAGAAUCACUCGAAGACAAUGUCCAUGUCGUCGAAGACCAGCAUUAAGUCGAAUGGCAGUGAAGAGAGGUAUUCGACGAAGAGUUUGAAGAGUGGCAACAAUUGGGAUCAGACGCAGACCCGGCUGUUGCCCAUCAAAGACACGUAUUGCUGGGAUUGCCAUAAGAAUGGCGUCGACUUCUCGUGUAAGGCAUGUCUUCGUAGUUAUCAUCAAAAGUGUUCGUCGCUGAAGAGGCUGUUGAGUCAGUCGGUGGUCGACUCGAAGCUGUGUCCGGAGUGUACGGACAUAAUGGGCGCCGAAGAGGGCACCAAUCCGUCCGGUUGUAUGCAAUGGUUGAACGGGAAUGUGGAGGAGUUGUCUGAACUGCUGAGGUAUACCAUCGAAACGGUGAGGGCGGCCGACAAGAAGAACUCGUUCUACGAUCCCGUGUCGGCCACUCUUUACCCCGAAUACCGUAAUCUAAUCGUUAAUCCAAUGGAUUUGAGUCUAAUUGAGACCAAUAUCCACAACAAGUUGUACGCAUCGACUAACAGCUUCUUAGCGGACAUUAAAUGGGUUUACCACAAUUGCAUUGUUUUCAACUCCGGAGUCAAUCAGCCGUUGAUCAGUGAAGUGAAGAACAUCUUACGAGUGGCCAAACAGGAGUGCGAAGAGAUCGAGAUCUGUCCGGACUGUUACCGCAACUACUAUACCAUGGAAGAGGACAACUACUUCGCUGCCGUGUGUCGGCGCCCGCACGCCAUCGUAUGGGCCAAACUGAAGGGCCAUCCGUAUUGGCCCGCGAAAGUGGUUCGUUAUAACGAGUUGAGGCAUGAGGUGGACGUCCGCUUCUUCGGCACUCACGACAAAGACAAACACAGACUCAAGACAUUGCUCUCCAGACAUCAACUGCUGAACCACUUCUAUGACAAACUCUACCACAACUGCAUCCAAAUGAAUGGCAAUCGCCGAAGAAGUCCUCGAAAGCAGACGAACAGCAAAUUGAGAUCAACUCAGACACAGCUGUUGUCCCAAAUCCGGAUGAUCUCUGAAUGCGACAAAUCAGCCAAAGUAUGUCUCCCCAGACACCCAUCACUCGACACCCCUGUCCACCGUCUCUUCAAAGAAAAGUCAACUCAAUAUCAAGUGACGGACUGUUUGUCUCAACACAUCCCCAAAGAACACAUCAAAGAACUCGUUGAGUGUAACGGUAUUACAGAUAAUGGUUGUCACCAUAAACCAGACGAUAAGAGUGCCAAAUGUAUUGACAUCGACAUCAAUGAGGCAUCAGAUGGUGAAUCCACUCCAAGACUAGAUGUGACAGUAGAGUGUAGUAACCAACUAAUGAACACUAAGAGUGUCGGUGCGAGUGAUGCCAUUAUUCAUGAGACCAAUGGUGUGGACAACAAAAUGUCACCAAAAGAUCUCAAAUGCAAAGCUAUUAAGAGUUUUGUUUGCAGUUAUUGUGACAAAGGGUACAAAAUAAAGAAAAAUCUCAACAAACAUAUCACUCGUACGCAUAAGUAUAUCACCAGUGAAUCCAUCAAAACGGAUGAUAUGACACCCAAUGUCCCAGAAUUGCCAGAAGUGACUGAAACGAAGCCACAAAUUGCGGCCAAAAUGGAGACAACAAUUGCCUGUCAGUGGCCUAACUGUGGCCUCACAUUGACCAACAGAACUCAAUUCUUGCGACAUCAGACGAUCCACAGCGUGAGCAGAAAAGUGUGCACUCAAUGUGGUCUCAGGUUUGAUGACUCGGAGCUCUUGAGGCAACAUAUGAUGUAUCAUUCAAACCAAUCAGUCAAUCAGUUUGAAAUGAAAGCAUUUAAAAGCCAAAUGCCAUUGAAUGGCAAUCACAUGAACCACUCAAACGGAAUGGACUACACGUAUGGCUGGGAUUCUAGUCAAUCUAUACCUCAAACUCAUCCAAUCAAUGAUCACUCGGAGCACAACACAGCCAACAAUAGAGCAGUGCUUUUAUUCUGUCAUUUUCCUAAUUGUCACUACAAGACAUCCAAUUGUCAUCAUCUGGAAGUCCACCAAAAGAGAGCCCACGACACCGUUUAUAUGUCGUUAUGACUUUCAUUUAUUUAUUCAAACUAUU